GGAUGCUUUAAUGUUUGAGAUGGACUUGGCACAAAUCAAGCGCUGUGGGGUAAUUCCGUCAGCGAUGCUAGUCAUUCAACCAACAAACCAUAUUCUGGGUAUUCCGUAAACACAACCACCAGGAAACCAUUUUCUCACUCCAGACCUCACAAUGCAAGGCCUUCUGCUCUCGCUUUCCCUGCUCGCCUCGGCAGCUGUCGGCGUCCUCGCCUCCGAUGACCUCAAGAUCGAUGUCACGCUCCCCGUUGAGUGCGAUCGCGUGACCAAGAAGGGCGACAAGAUCAAUGUCCAUUACAAGGGCACACUCAAGUCCAAUGGCGAGAAGUUCGAUUCAAGCUACGACCGUCAAUCGCCAUUCUCAUUCAAGCUUGGAGCUGGCAUGGUUAUCAAGGGUUGGGACGAGGGUCUCGUCGAUAUGUGCAUCGGCGAGAAGCGGACAUUGACCAUUGGCCCAAGCUACGGCUAUGGUGACCGCAAUGUUGGACCUAUUCCCGCUGGAUCUACUCUUGUCUUCGAAACGGAAUUGGUUGGCAUUGAGGGUGUGCCAAAACCCGAAUCGAUUGUUACCAAGUCGGCCACCGAUACUCCCGAGUCCACGGCAAGCGCGAAGGUUGUUGAAAAGGUGGCCAGCGUCGCCAAGCAGGCGGCUGAGGUUGUUGAGACCAUCAUUGCCGACACCGACGAUACUCAGGAGCACAACGAGCUCUAGAAAACGGUAUCUUGUACAAAGGUCUGUAUAUAUACACACUGAGAGAUACACAAAUUAAAAGAGAGCCAUGCAAAGUUCCGGUCCAUGUUCAUCG